AAUGAAUUAUUGAUGAACUCGUAGUGACGACUUUUAACUGUACAUUAAACAAAAAAUAAUUUAUUAGAAGAUUAUUACUGGUCCUUUCAGCUAAAAACUGUGAUCGACAUGCAAAAAAGCCAACUGAGUUUGCCAUAAGGAAGUAAAAUAAACUGGCAACGUUUAUUUUUGGUUUCACAUGCUGCUUGUUAAGUUAAUUUGAUUUAAUCAUUUAACUUUCUCCUAGUAAUUUUAUAACAUUUGUGUUAGUUACUGGUGUUCAUUUAUGUGCUCAACUACCUACAAUUAAUACAAUCGAUUGUAUUGUUUGUGUAUGUGUAUGUGUAACCAUCAAUAAUGAUUGACCAUUUGAUCAAGUUCUAAAGUUCCCUUGGGCUUUGCAUCUCUAGGUUACCAAAAACAGUUGACUCUUUACAACACCACUUAAAUACUAGUCUUUCACCUCUAAUGUAGUCAUUUACAUAUUUACAUUGGAUUUACAGUUGGAACUACAUGUGCCAAACCAUGGAUCGGAUCUCAUAUGAAAUUAAAGAACUGGUUGAAACUCAUAGGCAAAGCAAUGAAGUGUUUAAGAGGAAAAAGAUGCUUCGACAGAUAAUUUACAACAUGCUCCGGGUACAUACAGAGUUCCCUGUCGACCUUUACAUGGUUGGUUCAUCGUUAAAUGGCCUCGGAACCAAUAAUAGUGAUAUUGAUCUUUGCUUGGUUAUUGAUAGCAUUGGAGAAAAAAUGUGUCAUAUGCGUUUUGCAAUUCCUGUUUUAAAAUGGGCUGAAAGGAUAUUAUCCAGACUGCCUUUUGUUAAGAACACUAAAUUAAUUUUGGCUAAAGUUCCUAUUUUAAAGUUCACUGAUUCUGAAAGUGGCAUCGAGAUUGACCUCAACUUUAAUAAUAUCGUUGGAAUAAGGAAUACACAAUUAAUAGAAUUUUAUAAUAGAAUGGAUAAACGAUUUCAAUCUUUGGUAUUAACUGCGAAAAUUUGGGCUCGGCAAAAUGGUAUUAAUAAUGCACGAUUCAAAACUAUCUCAAGUUACACUAUUGUAUUAAUGGUUAUUCAUUAUUUGCAAUGUGGUUGUGAUCCUCCAGUUUUGCCUUGUCUUCAUGACUUGAUGCCUGAUAAAUUUCAUCCUGAUUCCGAUAUAACUAAAUUAAGUUUGUUUGAAGAAAUACCGGAAUGGCAAUCUUCUAAUAAAAGUUCUUUAAGUCAACUGUUCAUCGGCUUUUUAGAUUACUACAGUUACAAGUUUGAUUAUGUUUCCAACGCUAUUUCCAUUCGCACUGGAAGCACAAUUUCAAAAGCCAAAGCCCGUGAACAUAACUCGCCCAAGAACAACCCAAAACAUUGGAAUUAUAUUUGUGUUGAAGAACCUUUUGAUCGUACCAAUACAGCCAAAUCAGUGUAUGAUGAAGAAGCCUUUAAUCAUAUAUUGGAUGUGUUCCGUCAAAGUUAUGCAAAGAUUAUUAAAACGCAAACUUUAUCAAGCAUCAUACUCAACAUCUCUCCAUCACUAUCAACCAUGUCCUGUGGUCAACAUCAGUAUCAACAUUAUCAACCAUCACUUUCAACCAUGUCUAUUUUGCUCAAUCAGCAAUGUUAUCCCUCUCCCCAUUGUAAAUGCUAUAGAUUGGUUUAGCGAAAAAUAAGCAGUUUCUGCUUAUUUCACCUAGUCACCUAAAUCCCCUCAAUUUUUUCCUAGUUGUCUUAUUUUGUUUACAAUUUAUUAGCUCAAUUUAUAUUGUCAAUUAUUUUCAGCUUCAAAAAUGGAGCAAUAUUACUAUAUGCCUUUUUUUCAAUGUUCACCUUUAAAAUUCCUAAUUGCCUUUUCCUCAAAUAUAUAUAUAAUUUAGUAUAAAAUAUAAAACAAAGUUUUUCAAAAGAGGCCAUCUUGUUAAAAUAAAAAAAAACAAAAUUGUGA